GGAAAAAAUUCGACCGUUAUGCUUCGUCCUCCCUCCUCUCUUUUCGCUCUCUCAACUUAGACUAUCCAAGAAAGAGUUUCAAAUCCAGUCCUAAACGAACCCAAAUAUGAUGAGUGACGAAGAACCAAAACAAAGCCCUGAAAACGGAAAAUAUUCCCCACCAAAACAACCAGACACAAUCGAAAACGGCGAAAAAAUUGAUACCAUGCUCAGCCCGGGGUUCAGAUCCGUGGCUGCAAUGGCCGGUUGGGAUGAAGAGACGCUUCUAAUCGCAAGUUCUGUCGUGGAAGACACACCCGAUCGCGGUCCCAAACAGACGAAACGCCCCGAUUUACACUUCAAGACUCCACCAACCAAUUCAAGAAGAAAACGCAGGGCCGCCCAGAGGAAGAGUCCUGUUUCCACACCUGUAGAGGUUCUUAACCUUGAUGAAGAUGAAAGUACCAAAGAAGAAUGUGUGAAAACGAAGACAGAGCCCAAAAUCAAAGCCAAUGAAUUUAAUAAAACAAAUAACGACGAGGAGUCGAUUGCACAGGGCUCUGGUGAUUCUUGUUCAAGUUCGGCUAUUCCGUGCAUGGACAAACUCCGGGAAGAGCUUUCUUGCGCAAUUUGUUUGGAGAUUUGCUUCGAACCCAGCACCACUCCUUGUGGUCACAGCAAUGGAAGAUCCUGCACUGUGAACACGGUUCUGUGGAAUACUAUACAGCUCCUGUUUCCACAAGAGAUCCAAGCAAGGAAGGCAGCUGCAGCCUCAAAGGGGGGCCAAGAAGCAGAAGAGCUUCAAAGUCUUGCCGGAAUGAGUCGUUAUAAUGUGCGAAACCGGACUGUACUUGCAUUAGAAAGUCCCGAGGCCGAACGCCAAGUCCCAGAAAGGAGGAGCCAUCACAGGCUGAGAAAUCAAGGUGUCCAGCCUUCCGAGAUAUCGAGCAGAGGAGGAGAUGGUGUGAGGAGACGAAGAGAGGUGCCAAGCCAAGAUGAGGAUGCUGCAUUGGCUUUGAGAUUGCAGAGAGAAGAGUUCAUGGAUGCUUAUAGAGGAGGCACUGACGAGCAAUACAGAAGCUCUUUUACAUCAGCCAGAGCAAACUUGAGAGCUAUGGCAUCUAGAGCCAUUAAUGUCCGUCUUAGAGGCCGGCCAACCUAG